AUGUUUAUUCUUCAAAAUGAGGGGAAACUAUUCCCAGUUGACUACCCAAAAGUAAUGCACAAAAUCUUAGGGAAAUAUGCCCUAAUUCUUGUCACAGGAGAACUUCACAAGAAGCUAAGAAGCACAGUUAUCAGUUUUGUGAGUGCAUCCAAAUCUGAAUCCAAUUUCCUUCACUUUGUUGAAAUGCUUGCAAUUUCAAGGAUUAACUCAUGGGGCUCAAAUUGCAAACAAGUUGCUUUCUAUACAGAAGCUAAAAAGUUUUCCAUCAAUGUUAUGCUGAAGCACCUUCUGAAUAUGAACCCUAAUGAUCCCCUAGCCUCCAAGAUUUUGGACAACUUUGAAAAAUACAUAAAAGGCUUCAUUUCACUUCCCUUAAAUUUUCCAGGGACUAUAUACUCCAAUGCUGUGAAGGCUAGGUUACGACUAUCGUCUAUUAUCAAAGAUAUUAUAGCGGAGAGGCGUAAAGCUAAUAAUGUGGAAGUGGAAGGAGUGGACCUGUUGAAUUUGAUUCUAUCAAAGGAGAAUUUAAGUGAUGAAGAGAUGGUGAGCAUUGUUUUAGACCUUUUGUUUGGGGGAUAUGAGACAACCUCAAAACUUCUGUCAUUGAUUGUAUACUUCCUUGAUGGAGCCCCAGAUGCUUUAAAAUGCUUAAAGGAAGAGCAUGAAAUGAUAAGGAAAAGUAAAAUGGAAGGUGAGCUAUUGAAUUGGGAAGACUAUAAGAAAAUGGAGUUCACACAAAAUGUGAUUAAUGAAGCAAUGAGAUGUGGGAAUGUUGUGAAAUAUCUGCACAGAAAAGCUACUACAGAUAUCAAAUUCAAAGAGUUUGUGAUACCAGCGGGGUGGAAGGUUUUUCCUGUGUUGUUAGCACCACAUUUGGAUCCCAAUAAUUUCGAAAAUGCAUUGGAAUUCAAUCCCUUUCGAUGGAAUGUAUGUGGCAUUGGACAAGACAAGAAAGUUGCGCCAUUUGGUGGUGGUCCACGACUCUGUCCAGGGGCUGAUCUAGCUAAAGUGGAGAUAGCAUUCUUCCUUCACCAUCUUAUCCUUAGUUACAGGUGGAAAAUGAAGACAAACGACGACCCGAUUGCUUUCCCUUUUGUUGAAUUCAUAGGAGGGCUACUAUUGGAUCUUCAACCUACAACCACUACUUUUGGGAACCAACAUCCUUGA